AUGGACCAAGUGCACUCGCGAGGCGCCCUCAUCAUAGCCACGCACGAGUACGUAAAGGCCUAUAUGGCACAAUACGACUCCUCCCACGACUACCAGCACAUCCUGCGUGUGCUCUCACUCGCGCAGCAGAUCCUCGCCGCCGAGACCGCGACCUCAACCGGUGAACAGCUCUACAACCCGACUCUCGUAACCCUGCUCGCGCUGCUGCACGACGUCGGCGACAAGAAGUACUCGGGGGCCGAUCAAGAGAGGACAGGUGCCUUCGGGCCGGCCGAGGAGUUCUUACUCACAGCCGGCUGCGACCCAGCCCUGGCUACGACGAUCCAGAAACUCAUCAAUAAUGUGUCGUAUUCGCACGAGCGCGCGAACCCGGAGGUGGUAGCGGAGAUGUGUAAGGCGCACCCAGAGCUGAAGGUGGUGCAGGAUGCGGACCGGUUGGACGCGAUUGGGGCGGUGGGCGUGGGGAGGGCGUUUACUUUCGGGGCGGCGAAGAGACCAGGGGAGGGGAUGGGAGGGGUGAUUGACCACUUUGAGGAUAAAUUGUUGAAAUUGGAGGGGGGCAUGAAAACGGCGGAGGGGAAGAGAUUGGCCAAGGUGAGGGCGGAGAGGAUUAGGGUGUUUAGGGAGUGGUGGGUUGAGGAGACGGAGGGUGUGAAGGAGGUGAUGAUUGUGUGA